AUGGUCAGAUUCAACCCUUGGCAACUUCUUUCAGACAAAUCGAUUCACCAUGAACAUCUUUCUAAAGUUAUUCAAUAUCCGUUGCCCAAUAUUCUCUACUCAUAUGAGGGGUCUUCUAUUUCUGAUAAUUCUUUGAAAACGGGAAUUCAAUACAGCAUCAAGUUUGGAAGCUACACAUCCAAAAUCAUCAAUCAACAAAAGCAUAACCUUGCUCAUGGAUUAUGUCGAGGCUGUUAUCAAUGUCCUGAACAUGGUUGUAAUCAAACUGCUGCAAAGAGUGCUCAUCGCGCCAUUUGUUCGGUACAUCAAAAGGAAAUGGUAUUGUUUGAAUGUGUUGUUCAGUUCAAAUAUUUCAAGAACGAAAUUUCUGGCAAGCAGUUUCUGUUUUGCAUUGGUGAACAUCUUCAUCACAACCCUCCACCUUCAAAAGUAAGCACUGAGGAGAAAGAAUUGUUAGAACAUGCAUUCCAUCAAAAUCCUACAUUGACCGCAAAACAAGUGACAAGAGGAGUUGGAGUUCCAUUUAUUCCUGGUGCCCAAAACAGAGCUCUGAUUAACGGGACAAGAAUUCAGAGGAUAAGAAGAAAAGCCAUGUCUACAAAAUUUGGUUCCACUUCCAACUUUGCAUCAAUUCUUGCUUCGGUUGAGGAGAAUUUACUUCCCUCAUUAACGAAAAACUUGGCAGAUGAGUGUCUUUUUGGUAUGUCGUUGUCAGAUGGAUUUGGUAGUUGGGUCCAACAAGUUCAAUUUUGUCCUAAAAUAGGUUUCCUAAUGUUUCCUAUCAGUCGACAUUUGAUGGAACAUGUAGACAUGCUAGUCAUUGAUAUGAAACAUCAAGCGAAAUCAGGGCCGUUUCUUAAUCACCUUGGCAUAAGUACAUUUUUUGAACAUGCGAAAGGAGGAAUGUGCUUCCAAUUAUGCCGCUUUUUAAUUGAGAGAGAGGAUUAUAAAACCUGUUUCCGAAUGUUCUUGGAUGCGUUGGAGUCCGGUGGUUUGGAUUUGAAAGAAUUGUUUGUAGGCAAUGAUCGAAGAAUCAAGUCCAUCCUUGUCGAUUUUUCUCAGUCUCAGCUUAAGGGAUUACGGGAGGCUUUUAUGGAGAAAUUUGGAAGUGCUGGUAAAGAAGUUGUUGAACAAUUGGCAUCUGGUUGUUUUAUUCACUUCAAGAGAAGUGUGAAACGGAUGGUAAAGGUUAUCCCAGUUGAAGAAGCUGUACGGACGAGAGUGGAAGGUUUGGCCAGUGAUAUUGAGAAGUUUAGGUCUGAGAAAGCAAUAACAACCAUUCUUGAUGCAAUUGAACUUUAUUGUCCAGGUGUGAAGUCGUGGUGUGAUUGGUGGCGGCAGUCGCAUAUUGUUAAAUUGUUACUUGCAACAAGUGCUGUGGAGAAUAAUCUACCAAGAAACACCAACGUCCAAGAAGUGUUAAAUGCUACAGGAGUACCCACUUAUGAUGGUAAUGCAAUCGUAGAAAUUGAAAUGAUGCUCCGAGAGGAUGUUACAGGCGUCAUUAAAUUAUUGGGCCUGAAUGAAAAUGUGCCACUUUCAUAUGCUGACAACACCAAGCAAGGAAGGAAGAAGAGAAACGAGAAGAGAAAAAGAGCCGACCCUUUCGAUUCCAGGCCUGCUGACACAGUGUCAAGAGGCUUGAUUCCAACAAACACCGCUCCUAUUGACGCUCUUGAAAACUUUUUAGAAGGAUUGAAAACAGACCAACGCACAGCAUUGGAAGAGUUCGCCGGUCAGGAAGCUGAUGAUGUAAUUGAAGACGAAGAUUUUCAAGAAGUGGGAGAUGGUGAAAUUGUUGAAGUGACGUCGGAAGAAGAAGAAAAAGUCGAAGAACCAAAGGCAAAGAAGAAAAAAGGAGCAACAACUCGAACAACAUCCCGUAAGAGCAAAAUUAUUACAGAUUCAGAAUCUGAGUACUCAUCAUCAUCUUCAAAUGACGUGUUGGACGAAGUGGAUGAUGGUUGUACAGCGAGAACUGAUCAAAUUGUGACCCGAAGCUCUCAAGCAAUUUCUUUUGAGCCAGGUCGCUCCUUUGCAUUUCACAUUGAGCAAGCCACGAAGUUCGGUCGCAAAUCUGCUAAUUUUUAA